CUGCACUCUGCAAGGUAUCAUCCUCUUUGCUAUACUUCUCAUUUCUUCAUGUUGAUUAUUCAUGUUAUAGAGUGUGCAGAGUACUUUCAUCACUUGCAGCAGCUGUAUAGUUAGACAUUCCUGACGAGAAGACCUCACUGGUUCCUUUAUUGCUACGGAGUACUCCCUUUUCUAUAGGCAGAAAUAUCCUAUACUCUUGAUUCAACCUCUGGAAUCGUAUCUCUCUGCUACGUCCCCAAAAGUCGUGGCAGAAACGCUUGUACCGCACCUUCAAUGGACCAGUCCGCAGUGGGCCAGCAACAGGAUACGAUCUAUUCCUCAGGCACACCAGAAGUAACAGGCUGUGGGCCAAUAGAAGAACCACAGCCGUCGACUCUUCUUGAUGAAAAUAUUUCCACGCCGCUGGAGUCACAGGCAGGGAAGUCCUCAAGCGAGACGUCAGAAAAAGCAAAUGCUAUUCGCCGUGCAUGCAACUUGCGCGACCUUAAUACUCUGGUCUCGCAUGCCACUUCGCAAGGUGGCUUGCUUCAAGAUGAGCUCCGACAACUUGCUUGGCCCAUCCUCCUGCAGUGCGAUCGAGAGAACGGAAGCCAUGAAUUGACCGGUUGGAAAGACUGGCCACGGCAUGAAGAUGAAGAUCAGGUCCAACUUGACGUUGACCGGUCCUUUGUAUACUAUCCGCGCGGUACCGACGAGGAACUUUCUGUUAGGAAAAAGGAGUUGUCAACGCUGAUUACCCGGGUGUUGCGCAAGUAUCCCAUGCUCUGCUACUUUCAGGGGUAUCAUGAUAUUGUGCAAGUUCUUCUCUUAGUGCUAGGUGCAGACCAGGCUGCCUCGGCUGUAGCGCAGGUGUCUCUCUUUCGGAUAAGAGACUAUAUGCUCCCUUCCCUUUCACCAGCGCUAAAACAUCUUUUACUCAUUCCAGCAAUCAUUGGAAGAGCGGACCCAGGGCUAGGCCGACAUCUCGCCGGCAUACAACCUUUCUUCGCACUUGGAUCUACUCUUACGUUAUAUGCUCACAAUAUCGAAGAGUACAGCGACAUAGCGCGUCUGUUCGAUUUUCUCUUGGCCCAUGAGCCGGUUGUUUCCGUCUAUCUUUUUGCGGCCAUUAUCAUCUCACGCAAGAAGGAACUGCUGGAGAUCCCCAUUGAUGAGCCAGACAUGCUGCAUUUUACCCUUUCCAAACUCCCGGCGCCUCUCGACCUCGAAUACUUGAUCUCACGGACCUUGGAGCUGUUCAGGAACCAUCCACCGGAAUCUUUACCGUCCAGUGCUUGGAAGAAGAUUUACUCAUGCAGUGUACUCAAAACCUCCAGGGACCCUUUCCGAGAAUAUACCACGGAAGAAGCAAUAAAACUGUUUGAGAGGCAGACACGACAACUACGGUACGAAGAGCUGAGAGACAAGAGCUUGAGUCGCAUGCGGAAGCACAGAAGGACCAUCGGAUCUGUGGGGGUUGCCAUUCUCAUUGCCGCUAUUUCCUUCCGGAUCAGGAAGAAGGGACUCGACGUCCCAAUCUGGGAUUAUCUCCGCCAAUCUAAGGCUGUGAUUGUUGGUCUCAACUACUUCUGGGGAUGAAACCUUGGCUUUGCGGGUUCUUGUUUGCUAUACUAUUAGCCAAAAAACAGUGUCAGAUGAAAAUAAACAAAACUGGAAUGAUGCGAG